AUGCAGAUUUAUUUCUACAAUUCAGAUGAUUUUGACAGUCUGAGCACCGCGAUAAAGGAGAGACGAAUCAUCGCCGCCAUGGCUGUCUUCUUUCAGGUGGCGAAAAAAGUCAACAUUGCAGCUGAACCCAUCAUCACAGGUCUCAAACGGGUAGUCCAUCACGAGAAGGAAACAAACCUUGGUCCAUUCAUACUGAGGGAUCUGUUGCCAUCAUCCUUGGGAAGUUAUUACCGCUACACCGGCUCUCUCACGACACCUCCCUGCAGUAAAGUCGUGGAGUGGAUCAUCUUCAGUCGACCUGUUUACCUCUCCUACCACCAG